CCCUACAGGUUCUAACCCAGGUCCUGGUUUUGAAUAUGCCCUCGUCGGUAGUCAGUCUCGCGUGCGAAACGACUGGAAACGUUUUGUUUUUUGUUUGAGCGAAGAAAAUUGCUGCGGGAGCAUUCCAUAAAAGCCCUGACCUUGGUUCGUUGUUUUGGAAGACCCCAAGGCUACAAAGCUAAUAUUAUGUUCUCAGACCAGGAUAUUAAUCGACAAAACUAUAAGCUCCGCUUUCAGGAGAUGGAGAACAAGAUUAAACAAUGUGAAUUGCAGCGUACCGAUUUAGAGCAAAAAUUCGCACAGUUGAUGCGGGAACGCCAGGAAUGUGAGAAGGUCGCAGCACGGUCACUCAAAGCGAAAUACCAACGCAUGAUGGAGUUGGAAAAACAACGUGCGGAGCGAAACGAAAGUUUACUGCGUAUGUUGCACAAAAUCGAUCAACAGGCAGCUUCUCUAGCGGCCAAAACUGAUCGUCUCAAAAUGUUGAAGACUCAAUAUGAAACGUAUCUCAUGCGCUCCUGGUCAUCGCAAAGGGCUCUUCCUCCAUCGCCUAAUGCACCGCUAUAUUCACCACAGCCACAGUUGUUAUCACCUGUGCCACAAACCAGCCCUUAUUUGUUUCCACGUCGAACCACAGAUUCGCCCAAGUCGGAGUUUGUUAAAUAUCUCUCAGAUAUGACACACGUCCAGACGGUGGCACAUAGUCCAAUUCCGCCCCCAAUGGCACUGUCCAACUACAUCAGCAGCAAUCCACCGCUUCAAUCGCAACAUUUUCCAGCUGGAUAUCACUAUCCCAGUCCAAUGUGGUCUCAGGAUCCUUUCUUGAAGCCAUCUCACGCAGAAGCUACCGUCACUUCUCCCACUGACUACAAUCCCGUGAGGGUCACCGAAUCAGUCAUUCCCCCAACACCUCGUCGCACUGUUCCGGCUCAGUCCUCGAACAAAAAGUUUGAACUGUCCAAUGAAGAGUUCAUUCAGUACAUAGACAACGAAAUUCUCAAAGGCUCAACAAACUCGUCUGAGUCACACAACCUCCAAGCACCGGAAAUUGUUGUGGAUUCACCUCCACCUGUGGCUUCGACUCCUCUCCCAGCAGCAUACCUAGAGGACAUUACGAACGACGAGGAUAACUUCCCGAGCGCUAGUAACCUUUCCUCGGAUUCGCUCAUGGUCGAAGAAGCGGUGGAAAAAGUCGCAAAGUUGAAUUUGGGUGACACGGCGUCGGCUGAUGAGAAGUCACAACCGCUGUUGGCACCGAUGGCUACGUUCGCCAUGAGCCAGCCACCGUGGGAGGAAAUCGCGGCGAUUGGGCCACAAUCUACGAACGAUCCGUUGGAGACAGUAGAGCCCAUUAACGAAGUCUCGCUGCAUUUGCAUACGGAUGUAACCGAGCUACCAUUCCCCGGAACGGGUUCCGAGGGGGAGGGAUCCCAAUGGGUUCCACCAGAGGAAACUCAAAUCAAUCAGCUGGAAUUUGUUCCGGAGCGAGAGGGGGUUCGUGAACAGAUAAAGGACGAGCCGCUGGAAGAUCCAACAACCUUCCAGCUCGAAUAUCAACGAGCAAACCCCCAGGAGGAGGAUUAUCAGCAACCGUAUUAUUCGGAGACGGAUUAUCAAUCUCAACAGCAGCAAGAAGAGCAGCCUCAACAGCUGCAAUACUAUUCGGAAACGGAAUAUCAACCAGAACAGUUUGCUGAUGAACAAGAAAAAUGCCAAGAGGACCAAUCACCAGAAUACACCCAGCAAGAGAAUAUUAGCUAUAACUACGAUAGUACUUCAGUGGUUGAGCAACAACAACAGCAACCCCAAGUUUCUGAAAGAUUACCCAAUCUAACAUCUCGUCCAGACGUCCAGGGUCAGAACUAUUGGACAACCGCACGGCAGGCAGUCAAAUCCAAAACUUACCCCGGAAUGGUUCCAUCGCGCACACCGGAAACAAUCCAGGAGAUUGUUGACAACGGUGAGGAACAACCAACCCGUGAGCCAUCCGUUCCACACAGUCCCGUGGAGCAACCUAAGCUUACUCUGCCCGGAUCGAAACGAGGCUCACCAACGGGGGAAAACGUAUCAGCGAGUGAAACGCACGUCAGUGAACCUGACGUGCUUGAACAACCAGCGGUAGAGCUAGUCUCCGAACAGCAACCAACCGAGCAGCAAAUGGUGGGAGAUCCCGUUCAAUACGAUUACACACAGUUUUCACAGGAGUACGAUCCUGCUGUUGCAGAGCAGCAGCAAGAAUACCAAUAUCAGCAAGAUGCAUCCGACCAGCAGUACUAUCAAUACCCGGACCAAUCCGGUCAGGAUACCUCUCAAGAGCAAGAGUACCAGGGCUACGCGGACCCAAAUCAAUACCAACAGGCGACAGAAUAUCCUGGUCCAACAGAAUAUGUGUACGAACAAGCCUACUACGAGCAACAGCAGCAACAACAACUGCAGCAAGACCCUAAUCAACAAGCCUACUACGAUCCAAACGCCCCUACGGAUCCCCAAUAUUACAGUGGCGAUAAACAACAGCAGGCACAACAACAAUCCGAUCAAAGCUACUACGAUCAAUCUCAAACGCAAGACGCGUACGAGCAAUAUCAGAUUUCGGAACCAUUGGCUCCGCAUUCGGCUGAGGAUUCUGCGCAGCCUCAAGGAGAAGCGGAUGACAGUACGAAAGUGGAUCAGUCUCCUGGCGGAGACUCGCUUCCGGUUAUCUCUCAAUCGGAGAGCGGUGGUGAAAAGAACAAAGAACCGACACAAGAUGGAAAGAAAACGACGAUUUCUCCGGGUGCAACUGUUGAGGAGAAGAACGAUACGACCAUAAGUUCGACGAACGAUGAAAGUGAUUUCGAUUUUUCCACACAGUAGAUGUAAUACGGGACGAAAGUGGUUCGUAGUGAUAUUUUAGUUUCAUCUAAAGUUCUUGUCUUGAAUCUAAUUGUUGUUCGAAUGAUCGUCAGCAAAAUCAUUUUGAUCGAUUGUAGGAUGUUUAGUCGAGAAGGCGACAGAUUUAAAUGUUGAAAGGGAUAUGUUAGAAUAAACUAUGCUGGUUAAUG